UGUCAGGAAGGGUUAGCACGAAGAGAGGAGGACUACGUCUACACACAAGCUUUGAAGUAUCGAAAUAUUCUGUGGAUUUAACGUCAUAUUUUUACUUCUGGAUACUGAAGGUUUUUCUUGAGAAGUUUUGGAAUCAAAUAGUCGACAAGCCAUACGUGAAAUCCUUCUAGAGCGGGAGCUCCAACUUGGUUGAAGCGUCUAAUGUACUAAACGAAAAGGAAGUAACUUGCCAGCUGUCUGGCUACGCUCGCUAGUGUCUGAAUGCCAACUCUGUGGGUGAUGGAGUUGAGCAGGCAACUCUGUGGGAAGAUGAGGAGGUCCAGCAAGAGGGCUCCACUGUCCUCUUCUCCUACUACCACUUGGGGCCUGGAGAUCCACUUUUACUCACCGGACGUGCACCAGCUAGAGUACUUAAAAGGAUGCUACACUGCUGAGGAGCUCUGUGUGGAUGCUGCCAAGAAAUGCUCAAUCUCUCCCUUGUGCCAUAAUCUAUUUUCCCUGUACAAUGAGACUACUGGAACAUGGUACCCCCCCAACUACGAGUUCAAGAUCACAGAUGAAACCAGUAUCAAGUUGCACUAUCGCAUGAGGUUUUAUUUCAGAAAUUGGCAUGGCACCACUGAAGGAGAGUCUCCAGUUUGGAGACACUGCAUCAGUAAACUCAGAGGAGGACUUAGCCCACAGAAAACACCAGAGGGAACACCCCUACUGGAUGCUGCAUCUCUAGACUACCUGUUUGCCCAGGGCCAGCAUGACUUUCAAAAGGGUGUGGCUCCACUGAGGAUGUCCCAGUCAGAAGCAGAGCAGCAUGAGAUAGAAAACGAAUGUCUGGGCAUGGCUGUGCUCGCCAUCACUCACUAUACCAUUAACAUGUCCGUGCCCAAUGCUUCCCAUGAAAUCAGCUACAAGCGUUUUAUCCCAGAAUCCCUGAACUGCAACAUUAAGCAGCGCAACUUUCUGACACGCAUCCGCAUCAACAACGUCUUCAAGAAAUUCCUCAGCGAAUUCAACCGCCGCACUGUUAAGGACAGCAACAUCACACCGUAUGACCUGAAGAUUAAGUACUUGGCCACUCUGGAGGGCCUGACCAGCGGCCUGGGCAGCGAGCUACUUGAGCCCAUCUUGCUUAGUGUCACACAGGAAGGAGAGGUCUACAAUGGAGGUUACCAUGGGUACAGCCAGAGCCAAGGGCAAAGCCAGAGCCAGAGUCAGAACAUGGAGGCAAGCAGCGACAUGCAAGUCCUGGUUACUGGUACCACUGGCAUUUCCUGGAGGAAGAAGCCUGCUGCAGUGGUCUCCAAAGAAAAGGGCAAGUCAAAGAAGAACAAACUGAAAACAGAGAAAGAAAAUGAAAGAAAACAGGAAAAUGACAAAAACAAAGAGACAAAAGAAGGCUGGGUGGUGUUCUGUGACUUCCAUGAGAUCACACACACUGUCAUCAAAGAGGCAACGGUCACCAUCUAUAGACAGGACAACAAGAGGAUGGAGAUGCAAAUGGUUUCUCGUGCUGAGGCUCUGUCCUUUGCAGCCCUUGUGGACGGGUAUUUCAGGCUGACAGUGGAUGCCCACCACUACCUGUGCAAGGAGGUGGCCCCUGCUUCAGUGGUGCACAACAUCAACGAUGGCUGCCAUGGACCCAUCUGUACGGAGUAUGCUAUCCACAAGCUGCGUCAAGAGGGCAACGAGGAGGGCACCUACAUCUUGCGCUGGAGCUGCACCGACUACCAGUACAUCAUCAUCACUGUGGUCUGCACUGAGAUUGACCUGAGGGAGUCUCGUCCUGUGCGCCACUAUAAGAACUUCCAAAUUGAAGUGGCUUCUGAUGGGUACCGUCUGUACGGCACUGAUACAUUGCGGCCCACUCUCAGGGAGCUGCUGGAGCACCUGGAGGGCCAGAGUCUUCGCACCGACAACCUCCAGUUCCAGCUGGUCCGCUGCUGCCCCCCACAGCCUAGAGAGGUUUCUAACCUGCUGGUGGUCACUAAAGAAAGAGCACAGGCCCCUCAGACACCCAUAGAGGAGAGUCAGCUCAGCUUCCAUCGCAUUCUCAAGGAGGAGAUUGAACAGGAGGAGCACCUCGGCCUGGGCACAAGAACCAACAUUUACUCAGGCACACUGAGGGUGAAAAGUGAGGAGGACGAGGAUGCAGGUUACUCAUCCUUCCAAGAAUUCAAGGUGGUCCUGAAGGUGCUGGGUUCUGGACACAGGGACAUCUCCUUGGCCUUCUUCGAAACAGCCAGCAUGAUGCGACAAGUGUCCCACAAACACAUAGUGCUGCUGUAUGGAGUAUGUGUCCGCCACCUGGAGAAUAUCAUGGUGGAGGAGUUUGUCCAACUCGGACCACUGGACCUGUUUAUGAGGAGACAACAGAGUCAACUCAGCACACCAUGGAAGUUCCAGGUGGCCAAGCAGCUGGCCUCAGCUCUAAGCUACUUGGAGGACAAAAAGCUGGUCCAUGGAUUUGUGUGUGCUAAGAACAUCCUGCUGGCCAGAGACGGACUGGGCACCGAUGAAGGAGGACCUUUCAUCAAGCUCAGCGACCCAGGAAUACCAAUCACGGUACUCACCAGAGAGGAGUGUGUGCAUCGUAUCCCAUGGAUCUCUCCGGAGUGUGUCAAGAGCUCGUCUGCCCUGAGCAUUGCAGCCGACAAGUGGGGCUUUGGUACCACCCUGUGGGAGAUCUGCUAUGAUGGAGAGGUCCCCCUCAAAGAGAAAAAACUCACCGAGAAGGAGAGGUUUUAUGAAAGAGAGUGCCAACUGGCCACCCCAGACUGCAGAGAGCUGGCUGAACUGAUGACCCACUGCAUGAACUACGACCCCAAGAAGAGACCUUUCUUCAGGGCUAUCGUCAGAGACAUUGAUGUGCUAGAGGAAAAAAAUCCAUCUAUCAAACCCCAACCUACACCAGAGGUGGACCCGACUGUGUUUGAAAAGAGGUUCCUGCGGAAGAUCAGAGACCUGGGAGAGGGCCACUUUGGUAAGGUAGAGCUGUGUCGAUAUGAUCCGAGGGGAGAUAGAACUGGCGAGCCGGUGGCAGUGAAGUCACUGAAGCCCGAGAACCGGGAGGAGCAGAGCAACAACCUCUCAAGCGAGAUCAACAUCCUGAAGGCACUCUACCAUGAAAACAUUGUCAAAUACAAGGGCAUUUGCCAAGAGGAAGGUGGUCAGGCCAUUAAGCUGAUUAUGGAGUAUCUUCCACUGGGCAGUUUGAAGGAGUAUCUACCCCGAAACAAAAGCAAGACCAACCUCAGCACCCUGCUCAGCUACUCUGUCCAGAUAUGCAAGGGAAUGGAAUAUUUGGGAUCUCAAAAUUACAUCCACCGAGACCUGGCUGCCAGAAAUGUACUGGUGGAGAACGAGACGACGGUGAAGAUCGGAGACUUCGGCCUCACCAAGAGCAUCAAGGACAAUGAUGGAUAUUACACUGUCAAGGACGACCACGACAGCCCUGUUUUCUGGUAUGCUCCAGAGUGUCUGACCCAGUGUAAGUUCUACCUUGCCUCAGACGUCUGGUCCUUCGGGGUGACGAUGUACGAGCUCAUCACCUACUGUGACUCCACCAAGAGCCCAAUGACGCUCUUCCUCAGUAUGAUUGGUCGAACUCACGGUCAGAUGACCAUCAUCCGACUGGUGAAGGUGUUGCAGGAAGGGAGGAGGUUGCCACGUCCAGAGAGCUGUCCUGAGCUUGUGUAUGAUCUGAUGCGCAAGUGCUGGGAGCAGAUGCCUGACAGGAGAAUCACCUUCAAGCGCCUGAUCGAGGAGCUGACCAACAUGCAGCAGCAGCUCCAACCACAAAACAACUUUCAAUAAACCUCCAGCUGUUUGAGGUUCUGGGAGCGCAGUCGACUUUUGCAUGCGGACUUGGGAACAGAUGCAAAUGGCAAAAUUGGCCCCAGAUCAGCAUCUGCUUAUGCUGCUUCAUUUUUACUGCGAGACAGUCCUGAAGUGUCAGCGCUUCAGACAGUCACGCCUCAUCACAUAUAACCCUUAUAAAACCCACAUAAAGACUUCAAUCCUAAUCAACUACCAUUUUAGCCUUCCAUAUAUUUUUAUAUUUUUAUUUGCUGGGCUAAUAUUUUCAGUUAUUGUUAUAUUUCCUUACUGUAUGAAUAUUGGUUAUGAAAUGAGUAAAUCCUGUUAAACCUUGUAGCCUUAGCCCAUGCUAAGUGUGACCUUAUAUCUACCCAAAGGACUUCCGAGGGUAUCUAACACAUGUAACUGUCUGCAUUGUGAGAAGUCAUCCCUCAUAUAUAGUGUAUAAUGAGCCUUAUAAUAGUGCGGACUCGAGGCUGGACAGAUGGAAACCGAGCAGAGAGAGAAACCGGUUUAAUGCUCACAGCUGUGCGACGGUCGUCUUUGUGACAGACGCUGAGUGGAUCACUUGAUGAAACCUGUUGAGAAGUGCUUGAAUGGACAGAACACAGGCAUUAACAGAUACUAAAGAUGUGGUUUCCAGCAUUUUUGUGUCACUGCUGUUUGGGUCAUGGACUCCUGUUUGGGGGAGAAAAAAAAAAAAUCACCUUAUUUGUAUCUGUUUUAGUUUCUGGAGCCGCGGAGUGAUCUGUGAUGCAUGUUUAGAUUCUCUGCUCAGGAUGUGCAGACACAGUCACAUAGAACUGCCAUUAAAUUAGAGCCAGCAGUCGGUCAGCGGUGUCCUUUUCGCUGCUUUGUCGUCAUCGUUAUACAGUUAAAACAAUUAGUCGAUCAACUGAAAAUUAAUCAGAAACCUUUUUGAUAACCAGUUAUUCUUUAUUCAUUGAUUCAAUUUUGUUUUCCUGUGUCUUGUCUUUGUAACAUUAGUUGGGAUUUUAUUGGUUUGACAAAAGCAGCAAUUUGACAAAAUUAUUUUGACUUUCAGGACGUUUUUAACCCUCUUUCAGACAUUUAAUAGACAAUAUUGAGAAAAUAUUCCACACAUUAAUCUUUACUUGCAGCCUAGAUUGUUUAAAUGUGUAAUAAUCACUGUCUGACUUAUAGUGACGAACAUGACGAGUAUUUCUUUCUUUGUGGAGAAGCAGUUUGAGCUGCAUUAGAACCGAAACAGAAAAUCUAGUUUUUCCUUUUACAGGUUAUGACUGUCUAUUAAUGCUUGAUACUCUCCUCCUCCUCCGCAAAUCACCAGAGUUGGAUUAGGUUUUGCAGAAAGAGUGAAAAAGUUCUGUUUUUUUCUCUGUAAAAUCUUCAGAUGGAGGAGGUCAAAUGUUUGGAAGGAGUUCAGUUUAUAUUUUGAAAGAAAUGCUGCUGUAUAACUAUAACCCACACCAGUGGCGACGCCCCUGAACUUGUUGACGUUCCGUCCCAUGAGCAGUCAGUCAUUACCAUGGGGACUCGGUGCUCGUGGAUGGGACCACACCCAUCUUUGAACUCAGCAUUCGUUUCGUUUGAUGACUAUCGUAUACAGUUGUGAUAAAAUCUGUCCACAGACAUACAAGCACCUGGCAAAUGCUCAUGGCCUCUGUGGUGUCACCAGGCCACAGUUUGCCAUGAUAUCUCUCUCUCACACACACAAACACAGAAAACAAAACCAGCCACACUGAUAAUCCUUCCUGAAUCUUCAAAAGUGAAGAAAAAAAAAAAAGCAUGUGUGCUUCAGGGGUGAGAGAUUAAGAUAAGUACCUGUGACAGACACUUGAGGGCAGUAUAAUUUCACUUUUCUUCUCCUUCUUCACACACAAAUAUACUAUACAUUAUAUUAUGGAGCGCAAAGGAUUGUAUGUGGAAGAAGUUCAGAAGGUUUUUUGAAGUGAGAGAUUAAGAUUAGUCAGUGUGACUGAUGGCAUUGAUGUUCCUAAAAAUAUUUUUGUUGACAGUUAUUUUUGCAUUUUAUUUGUAAAAUUUUCUUUUUAAUUCCCCCAUAUGCAAGGAAAGUGUAUUUUAUCUGUGUAAAUGUGAUACCGUUUGAGCAGAGGGUUUUUUCUGUUUUCAAUUGGCUGCGUAGCUGUGAAGUCUCGCUCGGUCACGUAUCACCACUUCAGAAAUGGUCAGUUGAGUUUAACGCAGCCCUGCGGCUUUUACUGUGAAUGUAGGCAGAAAAAAACAAAAGUACUGUCGAGGAGACAAAGUUGAGCUUCAGUCCACAUUUUAUUUAGGAAUGUAAAAGACAAUUCCUUCUGCUCAAAAUAAGAGAAAAGAAAUAUAUUUUUCAAAAUAUAAGACCAAAGUAUGAAUUAUGGAAGGUAAAAGUAUCCAUAAAUACACAAUGAAAAAAUAAAUAAAAUCAAUGUUUGUUGUGUUCUGUG